UGGAGGACAGGAGGAAGUCAGAUCACUUACGAAAUGUUACAAUGCUCCUCUGAUGUCCACAGAGUCUCUGGGUUCAUUCUCAGCUCAUUGUGACUUUAAAUCAGCAGCAUGAGCGGCGGAGUGUGUCGCAGAGUCCUGCAGGCCGCCGGCUCUCCUCCCGCGGCUCCCUGGACCGGCUGCUCCCGCUGCAGGCUGCUGCUGCCGGCCGGGCCGAACUCUGGACCCCGCAGAGGGCUGUCGGUUCCCGGCAGAGCGACCAUGAAUGUGUUCAACAGGGAGAUGAAGAAGAGGCAGAAGAACUGGGCAGCUUCUCUGCGGGACGGCCACCAAUACGACUACCUGAGGGAUGAGGUAGGCAGUCGAGUUGCAGAUCGAGUCUAUGACAUUGCAAGGACCUUUCCUCUGGCUCUGGACAUCGGUGGAGGAAAGAGUCACAUUGCAGAACAUUUAAACAAGGAGGUUGUGGAGCGUUUCUUCCUGACUGACGUCUCAGAGAAAACUCUGAAACAGAGACGCCCGACCGAGAUCCCGACUCAUCACGUUCUGGCUGACGAAGAGUUUCUGCCCUUUAGAGAAAACACCUUCGACCUGGUGGUGAGCAGCCUGAGUCUGCACUGGAUCAACGACCUGCCUGGAGCUCUCAGACAGAUCCAGCAGGUGCUGAAGCCUGACGGCGUGUUCAUCGGGGCGAUGGUUGGCGGCGAGACGCUGUACGAGCUGCGCUGCUCGCUGCAGCUGGCAGAGACGGAGCGGGAGGGGGGCUUCUCCCCCCACGUCUCCCCCUACACCGCCGUCACCGACCUGGGGAACCUGCUGGGACAGGCUGGCUUCAACAUGCUGACUGUGGACAUCGAUGAGGUUCAGGUUCAUUAUCCAGGAAUCAUUGAAGUCAUGACAGAUUUACAAGGAAUGGGUGAGAGCAACUGUGCCUGGAACAGGAGGUCGCUGCUGCACAGAGACACCAUCUUAGCAGCUGCGGCCAUUUAUAAAGAGAUGUACGGCAGCGAGGACGGAUCCAUUCCCGCCACCUUCGACAUCCUCUACAUGAUCGGCUGGAAGCCUCACGAGUCUCAGGCGAAACCAGCAAAGCGAGGCUCGGCCAACGUGUCGUUUGGGGAUUUAUCAAAGAUCGGCCAGCCGACAGACACCAAGCCAUAGAAGCACAAACUGCUGCAGAGUGUAAAUAAUAUAUUUAUGUUUUGUUUAAAAGCUGAAGUGAGGUGUUGAAUUAUUAUAAUAUCAUCAUCCAGAAUAAAAUUGAAUAAUA